AUGGCGAGCUUGGUCGCAUCGAAGGAGAAGAUGUUCAUCACUCAGACGAAACUGCUGAAUGAGGUCACAUGGAAAACUGUCAUGCAAAUCGCUAAGAAACAUGCCAAGUCGGCCGCGCAACAUCUCUUAAGGCUGUCGGGCGCCAUCGGGCCGGAAAGGAUAUAUGCAGACUGGCAGUGGUGGAUACUGGCAGCACUGCCUUUUCCUCAUCUCGUCAGAGUGCUGGAUUGCUUCUUCCAUGAGGGGCUGAAGGUGUUCUACAGAGUGGCACUAGCGAUCUUGAUACUCUUCCACAAACACAGCACCAAUCAGAACUCGGAAUGGUAUGCUGAAGCGACGAAGAAUGGCGUAGACCACGCCAUCGAUAAAUUUUGUAGGAACAUGCCAGCCUCUCCUACCAAGCUUUUGCGUACUGCUUUUAGUAUUAGGGCGCUGAGUUCGCAGUACAUAUCCAGGGUGUUUAUCAAGACGGAAAUGACGCUCAAGUCGAAGCAGGUCAUCACGGGAAAUCGGCUCGUCCGGUCACGGUCAUCGGAUAAUCUUCCCACCAGUCAGUCACAGGUCAAUAUCCAGAUGAUGUCGCACACUCUAACUAUACGCGAGGGCUCACAUUCGCCGGGCCCGCGCGCCCUUUCGAUGGGCGUUUACCCAAUACAAGCGAUCAAGUCGCAGAUUCUAGACCACAGUGAAAGUCCAAGGUCCUCUCACCUGGCCCUGUGGUUCCCAUUCCCUAAUGCGGUGUUCAGCGAUCAGCAGCAGCAUUCUUCAGACCUCAGACAGAAGCUAUUCACACUGUGGUCAUGGCUGCCUGUCCGUAUAACGAUGUACCAGCCUGUGCUGUUAUACACCACUGAGGAGCAUGGUUGUUCACUGACCACUUUCUAUGUGAGGGUUGAACAUCAUGAACCAACACUGCUGAUGAUCAAGACAUGUAACAACGAGGUAUUUGGUGCGUACUGCUCGACGAGAUGGUUCGAGAGAAAUCAGAAGGACGAAAGAGGAAACAGACAGGCCUACUUUGGCACUGGCGAGACUUUCCUAUUCAGCCUUUACCCUGAGCGCGCAAAAUACCCUUGGGUUGGGUGUUCAGCCGGAGAUGGCAAGGAAGACCAACGAGUCGCUCACGGCUCCGAACUUUUUAUGGCGGCAGACUCCAAAAUGAUCACCAUAGGCGGAGGAGACGGUCAAGCUAUAUGGAUGGAUGAAAAUAUCCGAUACGGCAAGACGGAUCGCUGCUCUACCUUCAACAACCCUCCACUCUGCCCCUCGGGCGACUUCGAGAUCCGCGUCUUGGAAGUGUACGGCUUUGCAGGAGCGUAA